UCAGUAUUGCCGCGACGCCCGUGCUGUAAACAUGUCCCGCUCUCUCUCGUUGUGUGUCGUCGUCGCGACGCUGGUCGUCGUGUUCGCCAAGGAACUCAAGAUAGACAAGACGUUCGAGCCGGAGGUUUGCGACGUCAAGACCAAGAACGGAGACAUGUUGACGAUGCACUACACGGGCACGCUCCAGGACGGCACCAAGUUCGACUCCAGCCAUGACAGGGAGCAGCCCUUCACAUUCCAGCUGGGUGUUGGUCAGGUGAUCAAGGGAUGGGACCAGGGACUCCUGGACAUGUGUGUGGGGGAGAAGAGGAAACUGACCAUCCCUCCGGAACUUGCCUACGGAGACAGGGGAGCAGGCUCCGUCAUCCCUGGAGGAGCCACUUUGACAUUCGAGGUGGAGCUGAUCAACAUUGGAGACUCUGCACCAACCACCAACGUUUUCAAAGAGAUCGACGCCGACAAGGAUAAGAUGCUGAGCAGAGAGGAGGUAAGCGAGUACCUGAAGAAACAGAUGGUCGCUGCAGGCGAAGGUGAGGGAAGUGAAGCAGCCGACGAGGUCAAACAGAUGCUCGAAGAUCAUGACAAACUCGUCGAGGAGAUCUUCCAGCACGAAGACAAAGACAAGAACGGCUUCAUCUCUCACGAAGAGUUCUCAGGACCCAAACACGACGAGUUGUGAGCAACACUGAACAAACCGCUCAAUUGUUAAUGUUGUACAUAAACAGUGAAUUUACACACUAAACAGAGACAUUGAAGAACUUGAAAUCGGUUGUCAACAGUGCUAUUGAGUAUUGCAAAAUAUAGAGAUAAAAAUGUGACGUAAUUGGCUUAACUGGUAAUGUAAAGUCUUUACUGUUAAAGCUUGAGUCUGGCCAGAAAAAAUCUAAGCUUAAAUUAUUUUUAGUCUGUCAAACCCUAUUUAUUUGUCCACAGAUAAGUUAGGAACAGAAACACUUAAGUGGUGUGUGACACUAGUGCUGGGUGUCUGGGACAAAGUCCAACACAAUAAUUUCUCAGGAAUUUCUAAAUCACAAUGAUAAAUUUAAACCUAUUUCAUCCAACCACCUCAAAGAUCAAAUAUUACAACAUGAUGUUAACAAUGUUAACAAAUGAUGUUAUAGUUUGUUCUUCAUGUUGAAGAUAUCAGUUGAUAUUUUACUGUUAAACUUUAUUUGAUAGUUUAUAUUUAUAUUUUUAAUUGAUAUUAAAUAUAUAAUUUAUUAAUGUUAACAAAUAUCAUACGUUUAUCUAUGAUUGUUUGAGUGUUGUAAACUAAUUUUAUGCUCAACACUUCAAACACAGAUAAAAAAUUAUUUUAUUCAAUUUAUUUAACUUUAUUUUUUAUAAUUAGAAAUUAUUUUAGUGUAGUCUUGUUUUAUUGGCAUUUAAUCAAAUUUAAUGAAUUGGAAAAUGGAUAAUAAAUUAAAUAUAUAAAAUUUUUAAGUUUGAAAGAGGUCUUUCCAAUCUAUAUACUAAUUAUACCUGAUUUGGCAUUUUACUUUGUUACUUUACUUUUAAAUCAGAAAACUCUCAAAUUUAAAAUUAUGAUUUUAUUUGUGUUGUUUUCAAUUAUUUUCAAACGAUCAAUGAUCAGCAUACAUAGUUUAUUAGUUUAUUGUACUUUUGUAUCAUGAACAAUGUUUUUCCUCUUUGUGCAUUUUUGCACAUCGAUCUGGUAUUCUUUAAGUCAACUACUUCAGUAAACAAGAAUGAAUGUUGUGAACAAAAAUAAAAACUAGUAUUUGUAUGAUGAAUGUUUUUAUUGUGAGUAUAGAGAACUAAAUUAUAGAAGGUACCAAUGCCGAACUUCAAAACAUACCUUACAAAUGUUGUACUAUAUGUAAAGUUUAAGAACUUAAGACUGUUUUACUGUAUUUAUCAAUUUUAUACAGUGUAAAAAUGUAUUGUAGGUCUAGUUUGUAAUAACUGUAAAUUAAGACAAUUGUUACAAAUGGCUGGUUACUGGAUUAAUAAAUUUUGUUAUUAAAUGAAACAAA